AUGCUUCCAUUGCGCCCUCCGCAAUGGACGCCGUUUGCAAAUCUGCCAUGGCGAUAUAGGUUCCAACAAAAGGGCUUCUCUAUCAGCAGAAAAUAUGCGUCGAGCCUUGCAGCAGCAGUCAACAGGGAAUCCAGCACGCAUCAGAUCUACCGAUCCCUCUCUAACGACCCUUUUGUGAACCUCUCAAUUGAGAACUUUUUACUCGAGCACUCCCCUCAGGACUCGAGUAUACUUUUCUUGUACAUAAAUCGACCCUGCGUCGUCAUCGGCCGGAAUCAGAACCCAUGGCUCGAAAUCAAUCUUCGAGAGCUGGAUCGUGGGCCCCAGAGCAUUGCGGAUGGAUCUACGAGCAACGCUCCCUUUGUACGGCGGAGAUCUGGAGGUGGUGCUGUAUUUCAUGACGAAGGCAAUUUGAAUUACUGUGUCAUCUGUCCGAAACCCGUCUUUUAUCGAGACAAGCAUGCUGAGAUGGUGGUCAGGGCUCUCCAGCGCGUCGGCGCAGUCAACACAAGGGUCAAUGGGCGUCAUGAUAUUGUCCUAGGACAGGAUCCAGAAACGCUAUCUAGAGAAACAAUUAAAGUUGAAACAGGGCAUCCGACAAGCCUUCGAACCGAAAAAAUAAUACCGCAUUCCCUCAAAAUCUCUGGCUCCGCUUAUAAACUGACACGAUUUCGAGCUCUGCAUCACGGCACUUGCUUGAUUGACUCUCCCAAUCUCGGAAAUAUAACCUCAUUCCUACGAUCGCCAGCUCGACCUUACUUGAAAGCAAAAGGAGUCGAUAGUGUUAGGUCUCCAGUAGGAAAUGUUUCAAGUGUGGUUGAUUCAACCUUUCUCAUGGACCGGGUGAUUUCCAACAUUAUGGAGGAGUUUGCCCAACUCUACGGCAUCCAUCCAGAUGCCGUUCUAAGGGCUCAGCGCGCGCAUGCAAUUGACCCGGAGGUCCACAUGGCACAGAACUGGGCGGUUGGUGGACUUGCUGACAUCCACGCACUCGGUGAGCCAGAAAUAGUUCAAGGCAUCCAAGAACUUCAUAAAACAAAAGCCCUUACUAACACGCAUACCCCUGCACAGACACGUGUCUUCCUCCGAGUGAAAUCCGGCGCAAUAAUCUCGAGCCAGAUCUCCACCUCCGCAAACCCCGAGCAGGCUGACGUCCAAUCCGAACGGACCGGCCAAAUCCUUGCGAAUAGGAAGCUGCAUGAAAUUUCCGAUUGGGCAGGUGUCCUCGCCGGUUCCGGCGCGUUUGAUUCUCAGGACGAAAUUCGGAACGUCUCCAGCUGGCUCGUCAGCAAGCUUGGACGCUGA